GGGAGGAGGAAGUGGAGAGAGGAGAGAGAUAGAGAUGAAGGAGGGCACAUCCUAAGAGAUAAUCCCUGUGCUAUCAUGACAUCAUCCUUCUGCGUGUAUAUAUAGGGAAUGGCCAAAGCAUCUCUCAGAGUUCACUUUCCAAAUCAGCUGAAGGCAAGAGGAAGCGCUAGAGAAAGCCUCUUUCAGCGUGUCUGUGACGUUUAUGGACUUGGCUUGCUAGAAGGCUCAAGGAGAUGAUGGCAGGAAUGAAAAUCCAGCUGAUAUGCAUGAUACUUCUGGCUUUCAGCUCCUGGAGUCUGUGCUCAGAUUCAGAAGAGGAAAUGAAAGCAUUAGAAGCAGAUUUAUUGACCAAUAUGCAUACAUCAAAGAUCAGUAAAGCGAGUGUUUCUUCUUGGAAAAUGACCCUGCUAAAUGUUUGCAGUUUUGUAAAUAACCUGAACAGCCAAGCCGAGGAAACAGGAGAGUUUCGUGAAGAGGAGCUUAUUACAAGAAGGAAAUUUCCCACUGCCUUAGAUGGUUUUAGCUUGGAAGCAAUGCUGACAAUAUACCAGCUCCAAAAAAUCUGCCACAGCAGGGCUUUUCAACAAUGGGAGUUAAUUCAGGAAGAUGUUCUUGAUGCUGGAAAUGACAAAAAUGAAAAGGAAGAAGUUAUAAAGAGAAAAAUCCCUUACAUUCUGAAACGCCAGCUGUAUGAGAAUAAACCCAGAAGACCCUACAUACUCAAAAGAGGUUCCUACUACUACUGAGAAGAUAAAUAUUUCAUUUACUUGUGAUUGUGAUUUAUCAUCCUGUAAUUAAAUAUCAAAUUAUAUUUGUGUGGUAAUGUGACAGAACAUAAUUAUUGUGUCUCUUCUACAGUUGUGGUUUAUUGGAUGUGAUUUUUCUGCAUUAAUAUAAACUGGACUAAAUGUUUUAAAAUAAAUCUAGAUCUUGAGCAUGAUAAUGUGUUGUGUGUAAUUGGAGUAGAUAUUAAUUAAGUCACAUGUAGAAUGUCUUGUGAUUUUGCAGAGCACUUAAUGGGUUAUUUAAACAGCCAAAAUGUUUGACAUUUUAAACCAAAUUAUAAGAGAUUACAAUGGAGGCCUGUGGCAAAGCCUAGUAUAUAUAUAUGUCAUUGACUCAAAACAAAGUUAUAGUACUUCUUUUAUUAUUUGAUUUUUUUUAAUUGAGAGAACUAUGUGUUCUUUUCCAAGACUCACAUAAAUCUCUCAGAUGUGGGGAACGUAAUACUGGUAAGAUAGGUUCAUCUUAAAAGAAGGAUUAAUAAACUAUUGUUAAUUUGCCUAUCUUAAUGAAUGAUCUUCAGCUGAAUUUGUCUUUCUAUUAAAUAAACUUCAUGGCUAAUAAAAA